CAGAAAAAUUGUUUUAUAAAAUGAACAAGAAAAAGAGGAGUCUCUCGGAGUCUAGCGAUGAUCCCGACGAUCCCGGAGUGUUUGAUCCCUCCCCGGGUUCCGGGUAUAAUCCCCUAGCAGGGGGAUAUAAUCCCUCAGCUGGGGAUUACAGUAGCUCUGGGGGAUUACCAGGGUUUAAGAGACCCAAGUUUGAAUCAUCAGGACGAAGAAUCAGUCAAGCGUCUACAGCCUCGUCUCUAUCUGGACCCGAGGACGAGGCCGGGGGAUUUGACAGGGAUGUUGCAAGUUUAGAUAAAGCUCUGGGUUGUUCCUCAAGUAGUGAUACAGAAGAUGAUGCAGCUCAUCAAGGGUUUGCUGGCAAGAAUGCACAGCAUCAAGGGUUCUCAAACAAUGGAACUUUGCCCUAUGCAGAAGCUAAGACCAGCUAUAGUCCUAGUAAAAAGAUGAAAAGCGAACCGGCCCCGGCGGCAAAAUCAGGGGGUGACGGCAAAUCGGGGAAUUAUAGUUCAGCCGCGGAGAAGAUGAUGGCGAUGAUGGGAUACAAAUCAGGAACUGGGUUGGGUAAAGCCCAGCAGGGUCGCGUAGAACCUGUUGGAUUAUCAAACCAAAGAGGAAGACGAGGUCUCGGGCAUAUUAUUGAGGGACUGGAGGCUGAUACAGCCCUGGACUGGGCCCCGGAGGAAGUUCUGGUGAAGGAGAGGUUGGUCUGGAUGAAACAGAACCAGGAACCAGCUCCAACUGAAGACGAGUUCAGAAACUGGAUUGAGAUGGGGUCUAGAAAUGAGGACAUAAGCGGAGAAACCAGAUAUUGUGAACCUCAAGUGCUUAAGGAUGUUUUGAGCUGCAAAUCUGUUUUCGAUAAACUCGAAGCCUUCGAAAUGAUGAAAGCAAGAUCGCGAUCCAACCCGUUCGAAACAAUCGCAAAAGGAAUCUUCCAAAAUCGCGCCGCAAUGAAAAUGGCAAAUAUGGACACAGUUUUGGAUUAUAUGUUCACUGACCCAAGAGAUGAAGAGGGGAGAUCUUUAAUUGGUGAGAAUGAACCGUUGUAUUUUGCUGACGUAUGUGCUGGUCCUGGAGGGUUCUCAGAAUAUGUUCUAUGGAGGAAAAAAUGGCGCGCUAAAGGAUACGGUUUCACGCUUAAAGACACGAAACAUGAUUUCAAACUCGAGGAUUUCUAUGCAGGGCCCCCUGAAGGGUUUGAGACGUACUACGGUGUUGGUGGGGAUAAGGGAGACGGGAACGUGUUUAGAACUGAUAAUAUUCUAGAACUCCAGAGAUUCAUCCUUGCCAAUACAAACCAGAAAGGAGUUCAUUUUAUGAUGGCUGACGGAGGGUUCUCAGUUGAAGGAUCAGAAAAUAUUCAGGAGAUUCUGUCCAAACAGCUGUACCUGUGUCAAUGUAUUGUAGCGCUUGGAGUAGUGCGAACACAGGGACAUUUUGUUUGUAAAUUAUUUGAUCUCUUCACUCCUUUCUCAGUUGGUCUAGUCUAUCUCAUGUACAGAGCUUUUAAGAAGGUUUGUAUAUACAAGCCUAACACCUCCCGACCUGCAAACAGUGAACGAUAUAUCGUCUGUAAAUGGAGAAAACCAGAUACUGAACAUAUAUUCAGAUAUCUUUUAAAGGUAAACGAUAAGCUGAAUGAUCUUGAUUUCAGUAUCCUGGGUAGAACCAGGAGUAGGACGGAUAUCCUAGGUAUUGUUCCAGACUCAGUUAUGGCAGAGGACUCACAUUUCAUCCAGUAUAUGGUCGACUCUAAUAAUCAAAUAGGACGGAACCAGGUAACAGGUUUAGAGAAGAUUGCAGUGUUCUACAGAAACACAUCGUUGUACGAGAAAAGACAAGCAGAAGUUCGGAGAGAGUGCCUAGAAUACUGGAAUGUACCAGAUCAGGGAAGAAUUCGACCCAGGUUCGAGGAUGCUCGAGAUAUGGCCUCCAGGUUACUCUCGAGCGGGAGUUUAUUACGAGAAACUGAAACUGUUCUCAGGAACCAAGAAGAUCUUAGAAAAUAUAUUAAAUCUGUUUAUGACUGGAAAUUUGUUGUGAUAGGAUCGCAGGAGAAAUCUAAUGAUUCUCAAUCACAAAAUGACAUGAGAGCCUUUCUGAUUAGUACAGGACGACAAAGAGUAUUUAUAUACUAUCCGGAAAGAGCAAACUGGAAAUCCAUAUCUAGCUCAUGCACGCUAGAGCUACCAGCGGAAACCCUGCUUUUUGUAGAGCUGGUUUGGGAGAUGAAGGGUGAGAGUAAGGCCCAGAAGAAGGUGAUGGGAGUACACGUUAUAGACGCCUUGUUCCUGGCUGGGGAAGAUGUUCGAAACAUGCACUUUAUGCAGAGACAUAAAUUGUGUUCUCUGUUUCUCCGAGUGAUGAACAAACCCAGCCGAAGCUAUUUAACCAGAAUUAGGAUGAAAGAAGUCUUCAAACUUGAGGAUUUGAGUUCGAACCAGUUAAGUGUUUGGAACCACCUGGAUCAUCGUAGCUUGAAGGGUCGAGGAGAUGCUCUAGUUCUAAACAAUACUGAGCAGGAUCCAGACGGAUCUACCAAGUUCUUCCAGGCUAAAGGAUUGUUGUUAUACAAGCAUGUGAAGGACCCCUACUUCAUGGCUUUAUCAAGAAAAUUUAAUAAAAAAUAUUAUUUUAACUCGAGAACGAAUGAACCUGUCGAGAAUUUCGCGACCCCGCCUGCUGGUAUUGCGGAGUUUGAAUCCUGCCAUGUUGGUCGGUUAGUCUGGUACUGGAACACAUUUCCUGACGAGAAGAGCAACGACGUGAACAGAGCAGAGUUUGAUGAGUUUGUGGCAGAUAAACUGAAUGGAAGAUAGUUUUUGUUAAAAUCUUGUGAAUAUUAUCUAUUAAUUUGUAAAGUGAUAAUAAAUUGUUGAUUUACUUUUA